GUAUCAAAGAACUAGUUUCCAAAACUAUCAAGUGACGGAGCACAUUUCAAAGGCAGUUUCAUUUGCUAAAAUCCUGCCAGUGACCAGCACAAUGGACCCAUUGCGACGAAAUCCCCUCCUGGAAGUGACCAAGUGCGAUAUGUGCCCCAAUUUGGUGUACCAUUUUCCCACCGGAUUGUGUGUCCGCUGCUUGACUCUUUUGACCGGAAAGAAACAACCUGACGGAAUGAGAUCCACUGUGGACCAAUCGAAGGCCAUCCUUGUUGACAUGGCCCGCAGUUCGGAUGGCCAGGAUCAGGGCCAAAUGGAUCCCGCGUUCCAACGCGUGAUUGCGGAGAUCCGGAUGCAGCGACAGCAGAAAAUUGAGCUGUUCCAGACGAUACGCCACCAAUUCCAGCUCUCGGUACUCACCGCUCCCUUCCACGACACAAAUCCCAAGUACGAGGUCAAGGAGGACUACUGGAAUGUGUCGGAUAUCGUCGAUCAGGACACCCUGAUGUUUCAGCACGAAGUCGACCUGCUUGGAGAUAUUCCACAAACGUCUUCCGGGGACUUUUUUCAAGGAAACAAUGAAAAGCGCGAAAAUAGAAAAAGAAAAUUGUAACUAUGAUCCACUUUUAAAGCAAAGUAUACAAAUUUUUAGGAAAUAUACAUUUAUAAAAUAAA